AUGGCCUGGGUUUGAAAAGCAUGCUGGGCUUUUCCAGGCAAAGCUGUGCUCCAUACAUCUCGUAAAUUGGAAAGAUGUGCCAGUUCCAGAUGCCUUGUGCAACUGAAGCUCCCUGGUGACUUCGUGAUGAGAAGGCUCUGGAUGUGCAGAAGUCCCACCAUGAAGCCUUUCUCUGAAGCUUUUGUGGGCGGUUCACCAACUGCUUUCUUCCAUUUGCCCUGCACCUCUACCUUGUCACCACUCACCACUCACCUUUCCCACCGCUGGACUCCCGUGGUGACGCAUGUCAGCUCUCAGCUCAGCAGCAGCUGCUAACCUCAGCAGGGGCUUAUUGCAUCAGAGCUUUACGUGGCGUAUUUGUGUAUUGGGAAGAUAAUCUGAUGUGCCCGUGUACAGAUAUGAACAGCUGCAUCUGCAAUUAGCUAGAGGCACUUCUCCGGCCUUGGCAACACAUGAAAAGUUAAUUGGGAGGGACUUAGUACCAGCAGAGGUUGUGUGAGGAGGUGCAUUUGCACACUGACAGGAGGAGGACUUUGGUGGCUGUGCAGGGCAAUCGAGGCCCACCUUUGCUUAUGGGAAGCCAGGCUUUCAGUGGUAGCAGCACUUCUGUGAGAUCUUCCCCACACAGAGGAAAGGUUUCUCGGCUUGGUCUUCUCUUUGAAGAGAACACAAAGCUUUCUGCUUUUUCCCUUUGAUCUGUUUUGCAUGCACCGAAUUAACCUGCAGGGAACACUGGUAAAAACAUGCCAGGAAUUGAAGCUGGUUAAUUAAGGCCAAGGUGACACAAGGCCUUGCUUAUCUGUCACCUGCGAGCUCCAGGCCUGGUGCAUCCCCCCGCUGUAUGGGCACUGAUACUUCUCCUCUGCUCUUGGCUGCAAGGAAAGGUCAGCCCAGCUCCCUGGUGCAGUUUGAAAUGCAAUCGCUGUGGAGAUGCUCAGAUCCUGCCAGAGCCCUGCUGCUGCCAAGGGCUGAGCAGUCCUUUCUGACCUCUGCAGGGACACUGGCCGGUCCUGGCAUGCCAACUGGAAUGGUACUGAUGUUGAGAAUAACACUGGCAUAGUGAGAAAAGUGAUAAACAGAGGAUGCAAAAAAGGGAAGAGAUGGGGGCAAAUAGCUUUGGAAGCUGAAAGACUAAUCACAAUUAUGUGAACUAUAAAGAAUAACCUUGUCCAGCAAAGAGAUCCUUUGUGGUAGGCUCUGAUUUGUUCCCCUUGCUAUACAUCCUGUCCCACUGUUUCUGAAAAGUUAAAACCAGAUAACAUCUAACAGCUGCUGGCUGGCAUGAAGAAUGUUCCAAGCAACACUGGGCACAUCAAGUAGGGAAACAGAUUCAACGACAGCUUCCCCUGCAGCUCUAAUGCCCACCUACAUGGAAUUCAUCACUUCUGCAAGGUUUCAAGGUGGCUGAAGAUGUCUGUCACCAGAAUAAGAGGUCAAAUGUUGGCUUCAGCUCAGAACUUGUGCCUUGUCCACAACCCUUCUCUGGAUCAAGGCAGAACGAUAUCUGUCCAAGACAGAUGGACGAGGUUAUUUUUAGGUGCUGCUGAUGUAGCUGCCAUGAUGCAAACCAUGUAUAAAGCCAAGAACAAAGGAGGUGAUGCAACUGGAAACCUGCUAGCAGGAUCAGUGCUUCAGUGUGUUGUUCAAACCUUCUCAGACAAAUUUUGCAGCAGAGAGCAAAUUUUGUGGCUGAAAGUGCAUACAAGAAGGGCUGCUGCUGGCCAUGCUGCCAAGCACAGCCUUUCAUCAGCCUACCCCUGUAAUGGCAGCUGUGAUGAGACAGGCUGCUGUCACAGCCCUGCAGUCCUACUGUAAGAGCAGACCCCUGCUAUGGAGGGACUGCACCAAGCAUGUCCAGCCCAGCAGUCGCUGCAGUGCCCAAACUCAUGGCCUGGGGGUUCUGAACCACAAAAUUCACUCCUGUUUGCUUUGGUUGAGCGCAACCACAAGAAGGAUCCUGUGCGCUUUGUCUUUCUCUGGCACUCUCUGCCUGUGGGCCUGGUGGUAACGUGUCCCGUUUCCCACAUCCCUCUGUGGGUAAACUGAAGCAUUUUGAACUGAUGGGCACUGCAGCCUAUGAUGGGCUGUCGGGGCACUCAGUGGGGCAGAGGCAGUGGGGGUCCAGCCCAGGCUGCAGCAUGCAAUGAGUGCGUUGGGCCCAGGCAGCAGGCGCUCAGCCCUCAGGCAGUGGCACAGCAUGCUGGGGAGUGAGGUGUGCAGGUGGGGCUGCCCUUCAGUUCCAGUGCACAAGCAGUGCAGAGCUACCUGUCUGUGUAUGACCAUGAACCGUGGUCUCCAACAAUGACAGUGUGGGCCAGAAACAGGUGUCACCUUAAUAUCUGCCCAGAAAAGCCAAUUACCCCUGGAUGAUUAUGAUUAAUAACUCUCUUAGCCCUAAUCGUGCUGACACCGACGCCUGGAGCUUACCACAGGGGGCACUUUAUAAGGGACGCCCUACAGCCGCUUCUCUGCGGGGCGACAGCGAAGGCUGGGCGGUGGUGGGAGCCCAACUGCAGGGGCGAUUCCCCCACACACAAAACCUGACACUGAGUGCGACUGAGAGGCGCCCCACAAACCGCAACCAUGAACGGGACGGAAGGCCAAGACUUCUACGUGCCCAUGUCCAACAAGACCGGGGUGGUGCGGAGCCCCUUCGAGUACCCCCAGUACUACCUGGCUGAGCCCUGGAAGUUCUCGGCGCUGGCUGCCUACAUGUUCAUGCUGAUCCUGCUCGGCUUCCCCGUCAACUUCCUCACGCUGUACGUCACCAUCCAGCACAAGAAACUCCGAACGCCUCUAAACUACAUUCUCCUGAACCUGGCGGUCGCCGACCUCUUCAUGGUCUUUGGAGGCUUCACGACCACCAUGUACACCUCGAUGAAUGGGUACUUUGUCUUCGGAGUAACAGGGUGCUACAUCGAGGGCUUCUUUGCUACGCUGGGCGGUGAAAUUGCUCUCUGGUCACUCGUCGUCCUGGCCGUGGAACGAUACGUAGUGGUCUGUAAGCCCAUGAGCAACUUCCGCUUCGGAGAGAACCACGCCAUCAUGGGGGUCGCGUUCUCCUGGAUCAUGGCCUUGGCCUGCGCGGCCCCCCCGCUGUUCGGCUGGUCACGGUACAUCCCUGAGGGCAUGCAGUGCUCGUGUGGGAUCGACUACUACACGCUGAAGCCGGAGAUCAACAAUGAAUCCUUUGUCAUCUACAUGUUCGUGGUCCAUUUCAUGAUCCCACUGACCGUCAUCUUCUUCUGCUAUGGGAACCUGGUCUGCACUGUGAAGGAGGCUGCCGCCCAGCAGCAGGAGUCUGCCACCACCCAGAAGGCAGAGAAGGAAGUGACCCGCAUGGUGAUCAUCAUGGUCAUCGCCUUCCUCAUCUGCUGGGUUCCCUACGCCAGCGUUGCUUUCUACAUCUUCACCAACCAGGGUUCAGACUUCGGACCCAUUUUCAUGACCAUCCCGGCAUUCUUUGCCAAGAGCUCUGCCAUCUACAAUCCUGUGAUCUACAUCGUAAUGAACAAACAGUUCCGUAACUGCAUGAUCACAACCCUCUGCUGCGGCAAGAACCCGCUGGGCGAUGAGGACACAUCUGCUGGAAAGACAGAGACCUCCUCCGUCUCCACCAGCCAGGUGUCCCCUGCAUAGGUCCCACCGCACCAACCUUGCCCACUGCAGCGCCUGCCCGCUUCAGCACAGCCCUGCGGGGUGGGCUGCUCUCCCAACCAUAGGAACCCUGGGAACAAGGCUGUGAAAAUGUACACAUUUUGUAAUUAAAAUGCAAAAGCUUAGCUCCUCCACUGGCAUAAAUCCGUGCUUCUCUCUCUGUUGAUUCACUGAGAGCUCUCACCUGUUGCACCACGCGGGCCCUGCAAAUCCCGGGCACAGCAGAGCCACUGCCACUGCCCUCACCCCAACCUGAGGGCCUCAGAGGGGCAGAGGCUGAGCCCCUCCCGGCUCCACUGCUGCAGACAGAGCCUGGCAGCUACCAGCAGCCGCUGGGCCAGGGCAGGGGGCUGUGCUGGGGCAGGCUGGGCACUGCCAGAUGCCCACUGCUCGGAGCUCCGUGCCCGGCCCUGCCCAGCACCUCAGAAGGGCAUCGCAACAGCUCUGGGAUGAUGGGCGGGUUUUGGCACACACGUGCUCUCCCUGCGGCAGAGGUGAUGGUGCAGAUCCCACCCCUGAGCAGGUGGCACAGCAUGGUGCAGCUGUGUCCCGCUAUGGCCGGGCGUGCUUGGGUGCUCCCGGUGUUGGCCCCUUGGCAGCCCCACUCACUGCCCCCCGGCAGGACGCAGCCCUUCUCUCCCAGCCAUCCGCAGACCCUCCCUGUCAGCUGCAGCCCAGCUCAGCAUCAGCCCACGUAGGAGGCUUUGGCCGGUGCUCGUGCUUUUGAGGACGGAUUGGUGCAUUGCUGAGCUUCCUCCGUGUUAGAGCAGGCAAGACAUGGGAGCAUAUGGUGCAGAGACACAGGCAUAUGUUCCAGGCACUACAAGAUGGCAUAUUGCAAUUGUAGCAGUGUUCUUCAUUUUUAUUUUUAGCUCAGUUAUACAAAUAAGAUGUUUUUCUUGCUGUUCAGCGUUAUCAACAUUUGAAACUAUUUUUGUACAU